CCUAUUUCUCAUCCUCUUCUCUGUCUCUUUCUUAUUACAUUACACACGCACUCGCACUCCAACGCACAAUUACAUUGAGAAAUAAGAAUGGUGAGAUCUCCGAAUAGCAGCAGAUACAAGGGUGUGCGAAUGAGAAAAUGGGGAAAAUGGGUAGCUGAAAUACGCCAGCCGAAUAGCAGAGGGAGAAUAUGGUUAGGGUCUUAUAAUACUGCAGAGGAAGCAGCUAGAGCUUAUGAUGCUGCACUUUUUUGUCUACGGGGACCUUCUGUUACUCUUAAUUUUCCUAUGAAUCCUCCUGAUAUUAAUCCUGCUCAGACUGACCUCUCCCCUUUGCAGAUUCGUGAGGUUGCUUUUAGGCAUGCAAGGAAGGGUGACGAGAGCACGACGGCGGCAGCCGAGGAUUUAGGUUAUCUGCCUGGUGAAAGUGGAAGUUUGGAUGGGAUUUCCAGUGGGGGAUUUUAUCAAACACCUGGUGCGUGGACGAUCUAGCUUUAUCUACUUUCUUCUCAAAGUUACUAUAUUAGUUGCUAGGCUCCAACAUGUCAUUUUGACUUGCAUACUACCUUGGCCAAGAAUUUUGUAUGACUUUGUGCACAGAGUAUUACGGAUGGCAGAGUUUUUGAUAAAAGAAAAUAAAUAAAACAAAAAUCUAAACUUGA